AUGACUGUAGGACCAUCAACAAUUAUUAUUGACUUUGGGGCAUACUCUUCCGUCUUCACUGAUUAUCACAAUGAACUUUUUUCAAUGCCGACAGUUAUAGGCCGUAUGAACCCCAAUAGAAAUGUUCUCUGUGCUCUUGAUUUGCAAACCAAUCGUGGAAUUUGGUUUGGUGACGUUGCACUUUCAAAAAGUUCGAUUCUAGAUAUAACAGUCCCUCUAAAAAGUGGAAUUUUUGCAAACAAAGAUGAUAUUUCUGAACUGAUCAAUCAUAUAUGUUGUCAUGAGAUGUGUAUUUGCCCAGAGAUGAAUAACUUCUUUUUCCCCGAACAUUUAGGUGUUCCACUUUCUCAGAGAAAAUUUGUUUCAGAACUGUUGUUUGAACAAGAAAAGAUCAAUGCUGUGGCUUUUGAUAAGUCGAUUUAUAUGCCAAUCUUUUUGUCUCAAAGUCCCAAUGUUACUGUGAUUGACUCUGGCGAUUCAUGUACGGAAAUUGCGACGUUCUGUGACCAAAAAGGAAACAAGGACUAUGUAAAGAAGCUUGAUAUAGGUGCUCAAGACAUUACUAAGUUUAUAGUGAACGUGAACAAAGAUAAAGUACCCGAUUUGUCCGAUUUUACUGCGUUGAAAAUAGCCCACGACAUUAAACGAGAUAUCUGUGGCUUUGAAGAGAAAGAAGGGAAGUACCAAAAACACAUUCAAGUUGAGUUUGUUCUCCCCGACAACAGUAAAAUUGCAUUUGGCGAUGAGAGACUUCAAGCGCCAGAAAUUCUAUUUGACCCCAAAAUCGCCUCCAAAGAAGGGAAAGGUGUUUCAGACGAAGUGAUUGCCCUUAUCAUGAAAAACAAAGAGGAAGACAGACCGAAGUUAUACAACAAUAUAAUGUUGUGUGGAGGAAAUGCCAAUAUGCACGGAUUGACUCAAAAACUGCAAACAAUGAUUUCUUCUCAUGAGAACGUCACCGCGCACGUUCAUGUGUCUAAAAGUGAACGACCAUAUAACGACAUUUGCGCAGGAGCAAAAGUCUAUUCCCGCCUUUCCACGUUCAAUCUCUUCGUUGAUAAACAGCGAUAUGAAGAGAAUGGGCCAAACGUUGCUUUGUAUUGGUCAAGUGACAUUUAA